AAAAGAGAUGUUCAAAUCUAUUAUUAUAAUCUUAGUGUAGGGGUACCUACUGCUGCCAAAAAACAACUUUGGGUGGACCGAUUGUAACUGUGGAAACCCAUUCCGUGUACAGGGCUACUCAGGAGCCGUGGGCUUAACUGGGAGAUCUGGUCAUUUUGGAGAGAGGUUAUGAACGCCGACAGUUCUACAGAAUGCUUGCAUUGGUAUGUUAGUAAUGAUGGCUGUUCGUUUGCAUGAAUUCCACCGGUCUGUCUGUCUACCCCAAGGGAGAACCUGGUGUGAGAGGCCCCACCGGUAUCCCUGGGAAGAGUGGGCCGCCGGGAUUGAAGGCACCUCAUGGCGAGAGAGGGCCAAAUGGACCUCAGGGCCGUCAAGGAGAGACUGGACCCAAUGGCAUACAGGGAUCACCCGGUCCUCCAGGCCUUCCAGGGCAGGACAGGGAAGCCAGGCCCUUCAGGAAACCAGGGGCUUGUGGGGGCACAGGGGUCAGCUGGGCUCAUUGGGUUUCCAGGCACUCCUGGGAUGGAUGCUGUGAUGGGGCAGGUUGGAGAAAAAGGAGAACAGGGAGCAGCAGGGCCUGUUGGGGACAGUGGGCCAUCUGGACUGGACGGACAGCAGGUGGGCAGCAGUGGAUCUGGGUGUCUGUUCUUAGAUGUACCCAUCCACCUUCAAUAUGAAUGGUGUUGUCUGAUAUGCCACACUUUCCAUGGUGGUAAGUGUGGCAUAUCUUGCAAUAGCAAUUGUACUAUUAUGGCUGACAUUGAUGACCAUGUUUAAUAUUCACUCCAGGGACAGUUGGUGAGGAGGGG